AUGAUGAAAUUACAGAUUUCCAAUGAUCAGGAUCGCAAAGAGGCGCAGAACAGAGAGAGGCGACGACAAUGCGAGCUCGAAAGGCGAGCCAGAAUUUUCAAUGCUCGUAACAGGAAAAUUGGCGUUGAUUUACCGUUCCUGCAACGCCAAAUAGUGGAGAAGAGGGCGGAGCGCGAUGAAGCCGAGCGCACGAACCUGGCCUUCGCUAAACAGAUGAUCAAAGACAGCGACGUAGCCCUAGUGCUCGAAGCUAGGGAGAGAGAGGAGCGACGUCGCAUCUGCGCAGAAAUAGACCUGUUUCGCUCCAAGUUCCAAAGGCCCGAGGAUCGGCGUGAGUUCGACCUCAACGACCCUGAUGUCCUGAAGAAGCAACUUCCACCGCGUGCUAGUGACGGUGAACCUGUGGGCAAGUCUAGCGCUCAGAAAUUUGAAGGUGAAGACUUGAACUACGAGGAGCGUCGAAAAGUAAUGGCGGAACAGCGCAACGCGUGGCUUGAACAGCAGGUUCAAGAACGCAAAGCUGCAGAAACCGAGCGGCGUCAGGCCGAAGCCGCCUAUAUGAUGGCUAUAAAAGCACGCGACGCAAGAGCUGGAGAGCUGGAUAAACUCGAGCGUGAGUGUCGGUACAGACUGGGACAAGCCAACUUGAGAUACAAUGAAGCUUUGGCGGCGGAAAAGAAACAACUGGAACAAGUGAUGAAAGAACAGGAAGAAGCCGAUAACUGCGCGGAGAUGUACAACAACCUCACUUCCGAUAUGUUGACGGAGAACCCUGAUGUCUCCAAGAGUGCACUUGGCUCCAACAGAGCUAUCGGCUAUAUGUACAAGGGUAUGAACCAGGAGGAAUUGAAGAAGUUCUACGCUGCGCAGAAAGAACAAAUGGCCGCUUCUAAGGCAAAACGCGAAGCUGAAGAUAGAAUGGAAGCGGAAUGGCAGGCGCUGGCCAAGUCCAUCUCGCGCACGUCGGAACGCCUCGAUAUCGAAGACAAGAGGAGGCGCAGGGAAAUAGCCCGUCAGCUCAUGGAAGAGAACCAACUAAUGGCAUUGCAGCAGAAAGAAAAAGAGAAGUACUUCCGAGAAGUUGUCUACAAUAAUACACCUACGGACGAUUACUACGCACAAUUCAAUACAACUACCAGAUAAACUAUUCAUGUUACUACCACAUUUAUACAUAGUUUGCGAAUAUUGAACACCAGGAGUUAGUUAGGAGAGGAUAUCGGUUAUAUGAACGAUUGAAUAUAUUCGCCUCUAACAUCUAGGUACACACCAAUGAGAGCGGGUAGAUAAACAAAUACCACAUAAAAAUAUAAUGUCGAACCUGUUCUUUAGGCCAUUUCCUUACUAAAGCUCUUACACAGAACCUGUAACUUUGUUCUGAAACUACGCUUUCUAUUGGUAGUAGUAUAAAAUAAGUAUUCGUCUAAAGGUAUUUUCCACCGGCGAGACAAGACGAAACAAGGCGAGCCGAGACGAGUGUUGAAAUCUCGAAAUAAUUGCCAUUAAUAGCUAUCGCGAGCACGCGUUGAAGUUGUGGGUAGUAAAAUAAAAAUGUUCAUAUACCAAUAGAGUAAAUUACUUAGUUAAUAAAUUUUUAAAUUUCGACUGUAGGGCACUUUGCAAUUAUUUGUAGAAAAAUAGUAGUUUCUUAUAUCUUAAAUCAUGCGUACCUACAAAGUCGCGAUCCAUCGCGAGCUCGGCGGACUUGCGCGAGCACGCGCGAGGCUUCGCGAUGGCUACUGAUAUUAAUCGCGAGAUUGUAUGGUACGUACGAUUUAAGAUAUAGAACUUUAUGUACGCAGGAGCAAGGUUCAAUAUUACACCAGCAAAUAUUUCGAUUCGCACUUCCUCGUCAAUUCAGACCAUUUCCACCGACGACGAUGCGCUGAUAGAGAUUUGAAAUUUUGUCACACAACUUUCAAUCCUCGUCUCGUCUUGUCUUGCCAGUGGAAAAGCCAUCUUUAGACUAUGACGUCGCCGACCGUUUUUUUUUUGUACCAGUUCAUGACAGGACAAGUGAGUCGAAAAUUGUUUUGCAGUCUCUUUAUAACUAUGUGAUAGAACUGUUACACAUUUUUAUCGUAGUUGUCCUAUAAUAAAUCGUUGUGUAUGCAAUCUACGAAGUUAAAAGGACUAAUUAAUUUAAGUUCAGUAUCUAUUGUAAUUAAAAGCGUACUUACCAUACCAUAUUGAGGCCGUUCUAAAGAAGGUCCAGUUCAAGAGUACUCUUAACCGACGAGCGUGUAUGAAAGCACUGAGGCGUGUUGAUGGGGCGAAGAUUGUGUGUCAGGACCGUAGCAAGUGGAAGGAUGUUGUCUCUGCCUACCCCGAGGGAAAAUAGCGUGAAGUAUAUGUGUAUGUAGAUUAAUAAUUAUUCUAGACCAGUAACCGGACAGUUUUCAAUUCAUUUGUUCCUUUUAAGGUAACGUCAUAGCUCUACCUAUAUAAUUAAUAGGAAUUACCACACUUCCGAGCUGCACUAUAGCAUGGACUAUUUCACUCUCUAUAAAUUCAUGAGUAACAACAAUAUUUUUAGAUCUGUCACACAACUAAGGUCGAGAGUUGCAUGUCAAGCGUAAUGGACUUUGCCCGGCUCUCAUGGGGUUUUAACGUCCUUUUGGUAGGUUUCCAUGACUUCUACUGCUCGUUAUUUAGUUUUUUAUUAUUAUGAGUUUUAAAAAGUCGUAACAGGUUAUUCAAUAUUAUAUUAUGAUGGAAUUCUAUUGUAAUGGAAUUAUUGUUACAUAGAAUUAUCUAGCCGAGUGUGAAAAAAGAAGCAAAAAUUGCCAAUAUUUUUAAAAUACCUUUAAGCCCUUUUGUUAAUUUAUUAACGUUAUUACUUAAGAUUUUACAACUUAUACAAGACAUGUAUUUUUGGAUUUUUAUAAAUUGCGUGUUUCUUGCACAAUCACAAUCACACUAUACAAAAUACAAACUAUCACUAUUUUUUAUUGCUAAUUAGAACACCAGGUAAUCCACGUAAGGUGCAAUUUUUAACUAUUUUGACACAUUGUAUAUCUUUAAAGUGCGUCCCACCGAUAACUCAUUUUGUAGAAUCUUACAUUUAAAUGCGGCACUUUUGUCAGCAAAACUUAGUACAUGUUGUGCUUAAUGAAGGUUUCGCGUGUGAAACACCCUGAAAAGUAUAAACAAUGUUUUCUACAGCAAAUUGGAAUGCUACGUAACUCACAUUAACUUUUUUGACACAUUGUAUAUCGUUAAGGUGCGUCCCACCGAUAACUCAUUUUGUAGAAUCUCUUAUUUAUAAGUAAUGCGACACUUUGUCAGCUAAACUUAGUGUAUGCUGUACUUAUAAAUAUAAUAUAGGGCUUUUUGCUUAAUGAAGGUUUCGAGUGUGAACUACCUCAGGAGUCGAUGCUUUGUUAAAAAUCCAUGUGAACUAUUCCUCUGAGAAUUAAGAGCUAGGCUCUUGACCGUGUAGGAAACGCCAUUCUGUUCUCUGCAAAACUUUUCACUGACCUUCUUAUACGACAUGGCUUACUUUUCAAUACCUACUAUAAAGAAAAAGUUGGCAGUACAAUUUGGCCAUCGCUAAACCGUCUUUACUCGGGUCAGUGACCUGUUUCUUUACUUUUCCUGUAUAAUGUAAUGAAAUGGACUAAUAUAAUACUAAUAUUAAUUUGACAACACUUAGUAAUUGCUGUCUUUUUUAAACCACAAACAGUGAAAAGAACAUUUAAAACAAGCUAGUUAAAACACAAAUUCAGUUACCAUUUCAAGUAUUAUCGUUCAUGAGGCCAUAAAACAGAAAAAAAUAUGGCCGUGGAAUAAGAAAUAUAUAAUUGGGUUCACUGAAAAGCAUUAUAGUAUUUCAGAUUAAAUAUAACAAGUAUUUCACAACCGAGUAGUUUAAAAUUACAGCACAUUUUAAUGUUGUCAAAUUGCUUUUAAUUUAUACUUUUUUUUUCAAUUGCCUAAAAUUACAUCCUCUCCUGGUCCUUCCACGUUCCGUUUUGUUCUAAACCUUUUUUUCUGUUUUUAAGCACAACAAAAAAACGACUACAAAAAAACUAAUAAUUUAGGAAAUUCGCAGUGAUAAGUAGAUUGUGUAUUUAUUUG